UGGACAGUGCUGCUGGUUCACCAGGUGGUCUGAGUUCUUCAGCCGUUUAGAAGACUCAACUAUUUUUAUUUAUAUUGAAUCAUUUGAACGGAUUUCCUGAAAGCCAACCUGUGGGAAAGGGAGAAGCUGGACAUUAGGCAUCUUCUAAGGGACUCUUCAAACGGCUACUAUGAAACGGCGACAAAAGAGGAAACAUCUGGAAAAUGAAGAGUCCCAGGAAACUGCUGAGAAGGGAGGAGGCAUCUCGAAGUCACAAGAGGAUGACCCUCAGCUUGGAUCCACUGGGGUGGCCAAAGGCUUGGUCCUAGGGGUAGGGGAGGUCUCCUCUGCCUCCGAAUACUUCUCCUGUGUUUCUUCUCCACGCAAGCUCAUUCAUGGUGGAAUCCAGAGAUUACAUCGAGACAGUCCCCAGCCUACUUCACCCCUAGUCCAGGUUCAGGAACGAGGGGAGACUGCUCCCCCCUCACCACAUGUCUCCUUCUCGUCCCCUUCAUCCUAUAAGACCUGUGUGUCCUCUCUGUGUAUAAACAAAGAGGAAAGGGGCAUGAAAAUAUACUACAUGCAGGUACAAAUGAAAAAGGGUGUGGCUGUCUCCUGGGAGACAGAGGAAACUUCAGAGUCACUAGAAAAGCAGCCGAGGAUGGAAGAAGUGACCCUUCCUGAGGACGUGCGGGUAGGUACUCCCCCCUCUGAUAUUUCCACCAGAAACCUCCUGUCUGACAGCGACCCCAGUGGGGAGGAGAAAGAGCAUGAAGAAAGGGCAGAGUCAAACAACCCACCAGUGUCGCCCGCAGUCGAGGAGAGACCCAGGGCCAAGACGCCUGACUGGCUGGUGACCAUGGAGAGGGGCUUCAGGUGCAUGGCCUGCUGCCGGGUCUUCUCCACCUUGGAGAUCCUCCAGGAGCACGUGAAGUUUGGGAUCAGGGAGGGCUUCAGCUGCCACGUCUUUCAUCUCACCAUGGCUCAGCUGACAGGCAUUGUGGAAUCAGAGAGCGCCCAGGAGAAGAAGGAGGAAGAGAAUGAGAAAGAGAAAGAGAAGCAAGAAGAAAAGGAGAAUGAGGAGGAGCAGCCCGCAGGGGAAGACCUUGGCAUGAGGAGACCCCGGAGCCAACGUCCAGGCUGUGUGUUUCAUUCUCCAAAGGACAGGAACAACUGAGAUUCAUGGGCCAGAAGAUCCUGGAAGAUGGUGUGGCCUUUUCUUGGGAGAGG